GAUUUGUAUGCGAGUGUUUUCCUCCGGUCCGCUCUGCGGCGGCGGCGGCGGCGGCGCGUGGACAUGCUCGCGCUCACGGACAGGUGACGGGUAACUGGGCGCGCGCUCUCGCUGGUUAGCUGAGUUUGUUUUGGGCGAUCUGGCGGGAAAAAAACUGGUCAUUUUGAAUCCACUAUAUAGAACAUUAGAACAUCGGAACGUUCCAGUGUCCGAAUAUUAGAACGCAAGGACCGUUGGGACGUCAGCGCGCUGGAACGUUCGGGCGUUUUGAAUAUCAGAACGUUCGACGUUCCACCCCACUCAGUCACAGCAUCGCGGGAAUUCCACGCACGCCGUAGCUAACUGUCACCGCGCGCGCGUGCCUUGCGCGCCUGUGUGAGUUCGUGCGCGCGCCCCUGGUUCCGAUGGCGAGGAACACACUGCCGUCGCGGUUCCGCGGGCUCGACAUCGACGAGUAUGACGAGAACCGGUUCGUGGACGAGCAGGACGAAGCGGCGGAGCAGCAGGGCCCGGACGGAGCCGAGGUGGACGCGCUGCUCCGGAGAGGAGAGAUGAUGACCGCGUUCCACAUCGCUCUGAGGAACCCGCCAAUCAACUCCAAAAACCCAGCAGUGAAGGAGCGGGCGCAGGCUGUGGUGUUGCGGGUGUUGACCUCCUUUAAGAGCAGUGACAUCGAGCCAGCUGUGAAGUCACUGGACAGGAACGGGGUGGACCUGCUGAUGAAGUACAUCUACAGAGGCUUCGAGAAGCCCUCAGACAACAGCAGCGCCAUUCUGCUGCAGUGGCACGAAAAGGCUUUUGCUGUCGGGGGUUUGGGCUCCAUAGUGCGAGUGCUGACAGCAAGGAAGUCGGUUUAAAAAGCGCAGCUAAAGCAAAGAGAAAAAAAAACACGAGAGCCACGGGGUCAUCGUUUUCCUCCUAAAUGUGGACAGCUUCCUUUGUCGCAGCUCUCAUCAACCAAAUCUCUACGAAUAAGAGAGGAGAGAACCAUGGUGGACGGUUUAUUUUAUCCCAAAACAACUGCUUUCCUAUGGGGAAAUGUGUUUGUAUGUAAUAUAAAUUAUUGCUUCAUUAAUUUACCUCCUGGAGUUCUAAGAAAGAUCUGAUGCGUCUCCUUAUUGAUUGCUAAGUGAAGGUUUUAGGUGUUUUGGUUUAUCUGUGAACAGAAGAGGAGCAUCACCGUUAGCUUUGAACAGCCGUUUCUCGGCGUCCAGACUGUGAAAGUGACCGGCCGGCGCUGCCAGAUGAAUAUUUCUCAUUUCUUUAAUUCUUUAAUUCCGAAUCAGUUUUUCUUUUGUACAAAAAAAGGAUGAUGUUUAAUAUAUAGCAUUGCAGUGGAGUUGCGGUUUCUCAGUGUGGGUGGGUUGAAGGGGUUAUUGUGAAGUGCCUGGUGCAAUAAAGAUCAUAAAUCUGUU